AUGUAUAUUCUUACUUCCUUCACCAACCCGCACACCUUCUUGACGCUCAACUUCCUCCUAAUUGCCAAGUUUCUUCGUCCAAAGGAACUCAUUACCAAAAGAUCGAAAAUGAAGUUCUCACGUAGGCCCACCAUCAUUUUUUUUUACCUCAUCACAGUUACGAAGUUGCUCAUCACAACCUCAGGCAUCACGGCACUGGGGUUUCUUAUGGGCGCCAUGAGUGCACUCGCCUCUCCUCUGUCCGGAACUGGUGCCACCAACAGCACUCUGAGCCAAGCUCGUCGCGACAAAACUAAUACCUUUUCUAUUCGCUCUGCCGACAUUGAGACCCCUGAACCUGUCGCAUCCCCCGACAUCAUCAACCUGAAGCCAGCCGCCGGCGAGCUCUCCUCCAACACCCGUAACGUCACCUCGACUCCUGCCCUCGAUGUCGAAGACAAAGAUUCCAACUGUUCAAUCUACUGCAAUUUGUUUGCUCACAUCAUCCGCUGCCUGCAGUCUCCCACUUUUUGCAGGUGUGAUAGCAGGGGCUAUGUUCACUGCGAGGGACCGUCUAAGGUAUGCAUGGAUAACUGCAUUUGCCAGUGUGAGUCCAAGCGUGCUGCUAGGGAUGUAGACAUCCCCGGCGACCUUGUUGGAGAAGCCCCGGUAGACAAAAAGACUGGAUUCGAGGUCAGCGUUUAA